UUCCAGGAGGGAGAGAAGAUGGGGUGUCACCACUUUGAAGUCUUGAUUCUUGCAGUGAUUUCAACACUCUUGCUUUGGGAAGGUGUUCAGUGUCACAAGGAUGGGUACAGCCUGGUGGUAUCUUCUCCAGUGACUGUGCAAAGGGGGCUCUGUGUGGAAAUCCCUUGCAGGUUCACUUAUGUUGCGUCAAGCCGUGAUGACCCAAAUGCUAAAUUGUACGGUUAUUGGUAUGCGGAAAACGACCGACAUGGGCCUCGUUUAGUGGCCACUAACAAUCCGGAGAGAAUUUAUGAGAUAGACCCCCGCGUUAGGCGUCGUUUUGGCAUGGCAAAGUCGACACUGAACCAAGGUGACUGCACCUUCACCAUCACCGAUGCUGAAGCAUCUGACAAAGGACUCUACCACUUCAGAAUAAAUAAAGGCCACACAGCAAAAUACAGUUACUCUGCACCAGAAGAGAAGGUAUACGUGAAUGUGACAGAGAGAAAACCAGACAUCACUGUGUUCGGACCGCUGAGAGCAGGACAAAAAGAAAGCAUCUUUUGCAAAGCCCAAACAUGUCCUUUCUCGGAGGUUCCCCAAAUUACUUGGACACACGUUUUUAAGGAUUCCAUAGUGGAGACCUCUAGAACUGUGAAUCGCGACAACGUGGUGGGUCGACUGGAUUUCAUACCUACAGCAGCAGACCAUCAGAAAAAUGUCACCUGUAAAGCCAUCUAUGGAGAAGGGUUCAACCGUAAGACUGCUGAGAGGACCAUCACGCUCAACAUCAACUAUCGUCCCAGGACGCCACGUUUCAGUGGGUACCUUAAACACCCUAAUGGAUUUCUAAAGAAAAUCAUAAAUGGCUCGCAGAUUGAAGCACAGCCAGGCGACUCUCUCCUGCUACGCUGCACGGCAGAUGCCAACCCCAUAGGCAAUGUGACUUGGUUGAGGACACCACAAAUGUCAACCACUCAGCAGCCCAAAUUAAAUCAGGAACUGAAGCUUUCUGGUCUGAAGUUGCAAGACGAAGGCGGAUACAAGUGCCAGGUCAAGAACCAAGAAGGUUCUUCUGAUUGGUCAGUCUUCUACCUUCAUGUAACAGGGCAGCAGGACGCAUACAAGGACUACAGUGAAUAUUAUGAGCCCUAAAGCCAGGAAAAGGCCCGUGGUGCCAACAGCAAAACCAUUCUUUUUCACCGAAUGUCCAAGAAUAUCUGAGAAUGCAUUUCCACGUACUGUUAUCUUCUACGUCAAGAGUGUUCCAGCUGAGGGGGCCCCAUUCUGGUGCUGUUCCAACCACGCUGUUGUUUAUUCCUUUGUCUUCUCCUCCCACCUAACUCUCUCUUAGCCUACCCCGGUUUUUUUUACUGCCAAAUCCCUGUCCCUUUAUCUAAACUUGCUUUAACUGUUUAAUGUAGAUUUUAAGACCUCCGGGGAGGGAUUGCAUCAGCUCCAGCGUCAGGGCAUAUUGCAGUAGUUCAUUGAACCCCUCAAUGGUAGCAACAUUGGUAGGCCCCAUAGAAAUGUUCCACUGUAGACUUGCUCAUUCCCAGAUCCUUCAGCCAUAGGUUGGUUUCCUGGGAAACUUCCUUGCAGGCAAAAUAGGAAAGAGUCCAGUAGCACCUUUAAGACUAACGCACUUUACUGUAGCAUACGCUUUUGAGAAUCACAGUUCUCUUUGUCAGAUGCAUCUGAUGAAGACAACUGUGGUUCUCACAAUUGUCUUCAUCAAAUGCAUCUGAUGAAGACAACUGUGGUUCUCAAAAUCUUAUGCUACAGUAAAGUUGAUUCCUCCUCUGGAUCUAUUCCUUGCAGGCAGGCUCAGAGAUCCACCAAGUAAAGAGAAACACACACACAGAAUGAAACCGAAACACUAAAUUCAAACAAAGCUCCCUCACCAGCUUGCGUUGACAUCCAAAUCAUGAGAUACUGUGAAACUACCAUAAAGCAGGCCUAGAGUUGUCAGGGCUGGGCUGGGAAACUUGUGGAGAUUUGGGGCUGACGCUGGAGAAGGCAAGGUUUGAGAAGGGGAGGAACAUCAGUAGGAUAUAAUGCUAUAAAGCCACCCUCCAAAACAGCCAUUUUCCCCAGGGGAACUGAUCGCUAUCAUCUGGAGAUUUCUUGUCAUUCUCUCUGCAUUGAGAGGAGUCCAAUUUCUUGAGCGAUUGGGCUGCAGAGCCAUCUGGACAGCUACCUGUGAAUUACCUGGAACUCAGGAUAACUUAGCUUUGUGCAUGUUAUACCCGUUUAAGGGCAAGAGGAGAUACAGACGUACCAUUUGUCCUUCGAAUAUAGCCCUUUCCAACCAUCUUGCCAAUGUUUUGCUUGUGGUGGCUUUGUCUAACAUGGAUUUAUUCCAAGUUUUCCUUAAUUUAUCACGUUCUUCAUUUUGCCAUUUCAUCCAUAGAACUUUGUGUAAUUAAUAGCGCUGGAAUUGUCAUUUGGCUGUUUCGUUUAUCAGCACAGUGCUUCAAUAAACUGCUAGAAUUUUAUUGAGGUUAAAA